AAGUGAAAGAACCCAAAAAAGAAAACAUGAGGAGAAGCAUUUUUGGAUUCUUAUUUGUUUCCAUUUUGAUAGUUGGGUGCAUGGGUGGGGAGUUGAAGAUGAAGUAUUAUGAGAAACGAUGUUCUUCAGUUUCAGUUGAGACUACAGUAAGAGACAUUGUAUGGAGCAAAGUUGCUGCAAAUCCUGCCAUGGCUGCCAAGCUUCUAAGGCUUCAUUAUCAUGAUUGCUUUGUUAGGGGAUGUGACGGUUCGAUUCUGUUGGAUCCUGUACAAAAUAGUACAACAGAAAAAACAGCAGGACCCAACAGAUCUGUUUCUGGUUACGAUGUGAUUGAUGAAAUAAAGACGGCUUUGGAAUCCGACUGUCCCGGAAUUGUUUCUUGUGCCGAUAUCCUUGCGUUGGCAGCUAGAGACGCGGUUUCCUUCCAAUUUCAAAAGGAAAUGUGGCCGGUUUUCACCGGAAGAAAAGACGGAGCGGUGUCGUUGGCAUCGGAAGUUGGUGUAAAUUUACCAUCUGCAGGCGCCAAUUUUACAACUCUUGUAACCCAAUUUGGAAACAAAGGUCUUGACAUCCAUGAUCUUGUAGCACUUUCGGGACUUAUGGAUAUUGAGACUAUAUGGGCACAUACAAUUGGUACCUCGCGUUGCGUACUCGUUGCUAGAAGGCUCUACAAUUUUACAGGGGUAGGAGACGCUGAUCCUUCUCUUAAUGUGACCUAUGCAAAUGAACUAAGGAAAAUAUGUCCAAACCCUCAAAUUCCAACCACAACUCUUGAAAUGGAUCCUAAUAGCUCACUCUCCUUUGAUUCUGAUUAUUAUCAAGCUUUAAACCAAAAUAAAGGUCUAUUCGUGUCCGAUGCAGCAUUACUCACAAACCCACAAUCGGCUCAAAUAACACAAGUUUUGCAAAAUCCUUCGGUGUUCUUUGCUCGAUUUGCUCGGUCAAUGGUACAAAUGGGGGCUAUUGAAGUCCUUACGGAUGAUCAAGGAGAAGUCAGAACGAAUUGUCGAGUUGUUAACAAACAAUAAUGACAAGUAAAGGGAAUUUGGUGUAUAUUGUGUUGUUUUGCUGUUACUUUUGUGUAUUUUUUUUUUUUUUUCUUGUAAUAUGUAAAAAGGUAUCUUUUUCUUGUAAU